AAGACGUUUUGACCCAAGCAAUUAAAGCGGGGUAUAGGUCAAACAGUGACGCGCACGAUUAGCAUGCAAAACCCACUUUCUAGAAUAAGCUGCCACCGGCGACACGCAAUUACAAUGGGUGGGACUACUCGGUAUUUCUAUUGCUUUGGUUAUACCAUUGUUCAAGCGUGACAUGUAAACAAAGCGCCAGCUGUCAGUUGUGAAUUGACCUACUGGGCAUCUAUGUUUCGAUUUCUAUUUUAUUAGGUUUGUAGGUUUUGAUAUAAAGAACUCCAUUAUAUUACUGAGAACGCAUUGCCGGUGCAACCACGACAUAAAGAAAACGCCUGUAUAUUUAAGAUCUUUAGCUUGGACAAAUUCGCCAAACAUGAAAAGGAACAAACAGGCGAGCGUGCAACCACCAGACAUACAUAUUUGCCAGUCCAAUGAUUCAAAGUUCAUUCAUGUGAUAAAAGAUGUUGAUUAUCAAUUUUCAAAAAAAAUAGCUGUGUGUUCUGCUGGAGGGCAUUUGCGACCUGUUCUAAUGUUGUUGGAAUUAUCAGGUCAUGGCAUUCCUUGGUUUCUUGGAACAAUACUAACAAUCUUUAACUCUAUUGAUGGAGUAAAAGAAACAUGCAUGAAUUUACUGCUAGCAUUGAUUUUUGAUUUGUUUGUGGUGGCUCUUAUUAAAGGAUUAUUUCGAAGACCGCGCCCAACCUAUAAUAAGCAAGACAUGCUGGCUACUGUGUCUUUGGAUGUAUAUUCAUUUCCAUCUGGCCAUUCCACAAGAUCAGUAAUGGUUGCUUUCUUUUUGAUAAACCAAUUUAAUUUAAGUUUGUUUUGUAAGGUUUUGUUAAUAAUAUGGUCAUUUUGUGUUUGUACUUCACGAGUUAUGCUUGGGAGACACCAUAUUUCUGAUGUUAUUUGUGGUUUUUUUAUUGGUUAUUCACAGUACUACAUAGUCGUACAGUUUUGGUGGUCAUACUUUGAUUUUUCUGAAAUGUUACAUUUUAUUUGGUAAAAAACAACUUUAACACAAAACAUUCUUACUAUUUUCUCACUUUAAGCAAAAUGGGAAAAUGAACAUCUGACUUAUACGACUUAUUUUUAAUCAAGUACUCUAAAUGUUGCUUAUAAAUAUGAUGAUUGUAUUGCUCAAUUUGAACAACGUCGGUAAAUUUUAACUUGCAUAACUCGGCAAAAUUAUGAAAUGUGUUGCCUCUUUGCGGAGCAAAUAUAAAAGCUGUACCACCUACCUUCAAAACAGAAUAAAUUGUAUCGACAAGAAA